AUGGUGUCCAGUAUGAGCACGUUUCUUGCCAUCGGCAUACCAGCAGUCACAGCAUCAUUGACCAAGUCUGAACUAUACUGCAAGCCAAGACCGGGAGACGCAGCGUGGCCUGACGCUGACACGUGGAACUCACUCACUCAAUCUGUCAAUGGCAACUUGAUCGCACCGACACCAGUGGGAGCAGUGUGUCACACGGGCUGGCCGCAAUCCGACGUCGUCCUUCCUAGGGUAUGGAAGACGCUCAACCAGACUGAGAAGGAGGUCGUCACGACGGAUUUGAGAGAUGUCAGAGUACGAGCCCUGCGGGACCUGUCGCCGGAUACUGGUGCGUACAUGAGCGAGUCGGAUCCGACAGAGCCGGAGUGGCAGAAGACGAAGUUUGGGGAGCAUUACAAUGAGUUGCUGCGCAUCAAGCAGAGGUGGGAUCCGAAUGGAGUCUUCUGGUGUAAGCAGUGCGUCGGGAGUGAGCUUUGGGAGGCCAAGGGUGACUUUGGUAUUGAGAAUGGUGUUGGACAGAGUAAGGUGCAGCUGUGUCGAGUUGAGAAGAUCCCACACCGUUAUUUGGCGUAG